AAAUCUGUGUAAUUGAGGCGGAUGGAACCGUGGAGGUGACGACCAUUCCAAAGUGAGGAAAUUCAGCUUCUACAAAAACCCAGAAGCCCAAACGAGAGUAAUUUUGAAUAGUAGUAAAAAAGGUUAUUGCUUUCCCACUUGCCUUUGAUUACUUUCUUCCUGCUGGAUCGAGCUGACGAUUGGAGAGGAGAAUCGGAUACCCACCAAAGUUAGACAACUUUCUUCUUUCAAGUGAGGAAAAGAUGACACAGAGAGGAGUUCCUGUUGAAGUUGGAGGUGAGGCAGGAGUAACAAUAAGAAAUGCUAAAUCAGACAAACUUGUUGAAGUUCCUUGGGAAGGGGCGACGACUAUAGCUGCUUUGUUUGAGCAAUCAUGUGAGAAGAAUUCAGGAAAUCAGUUUCUUGGAACAAGAAAGCUUAUAAGUAAAGAUUUCACUACAAGUAGUGAUGGAAGGAAGUUUGAGAAGGUGCAUCUAGGAGAGUAUGAAUGGGAAUCGUAUGGUCAAGUGUUUGAUCGUGCUUGUAAUUUUGCUUCGGGGCUUGUUAAAUUAGAUCAUGAUUUGAAUACACGGGCUGCCAUCUUUGCUGAUACACGAGCCGAGUGGUUAAUUGCAUUUCAAGGAUGUUUCAGGCAGAAUAUCACUGUAGUCACAAUCUAUGCUUCCCUUGGCGAGGAUGCCUUGAUUCAUUCACUCAACGAGACCCAAGUUUCAACUUUGAUAUGCGAUUCUAAGCAAUUGACGAAGUUGGCUGCAAUAAGUUCCAGUUUGACAGCCAUAAAGAAUGUCAUUUACUUUGAGGACGAUGAAACUGCACAGUUUGAUAGCUUGAAGUCUUGGAGGGUUGCUUCAUUUAGUGAAGUUGAGAAGCUGGGAAAAGAGAACACCGUUAAUCCGAAUUUACCUACCAAGGAAGAUAUUGCAGUUAUCAUGUAUACUAGUGGCAGCACAGGUCUACCUAAGGGAGUAAUGAUGAGCCACGGCAAUCUCGUAGCUACUGCAGCUGCUGUUAUGCAAUUGGUUCCAAAUUUGGGAACACAUGAUGUCUACAUAGCGUACCUGCCUCUGGCUCACGUUUUUGAGUUGGAAGCUGAGAUUGUGAUGUUGUCUGCAGGUGUUGCAAUAGGAUAUGGUUCAGCCAUGACUUUGACAGACACUUCCAACAAAAUCAAGAAAGGAACCCAAGGAGAUGUAUCAGUCUUAAAGCCCACUCUUAUGACAGCGGUUCCAGCAAUUCUAGAUCGCGUUCGAGCUGGAGUAUCAAAGAAGAUUGAGGAGUCUGGAGGUCUGGCCAAGAAAUUUUUCGAUUUUGCUUACCAACGACGAUUGGCAGCUAUAGAAGGAAGCUGGUUUGGAGCCUUGGGGGUGGAGAAACUUGUAUGGGAUGCUAUUGUUUUCAAGAAGAUACGUUCUCUACUCGGAGGUCAAAUUCGAUUUAUGCUUUGUGGUGGAGCACCCUUAUCAAAGGAGACACAGAGGUUUAUUAAUGUUUGCAUUGGGGCACCUAUUGGUCAAGGAUAUGGCUUAACGGAAACAUGUGCCGGAGCAGCUUUCACCGAGUGCGAUGACAUAUCGGUUGGACGAGUUGGUCCACCACUUCCUUGUUCCUACAUCAAGCUUAUAUCUUGGGAAGAAGGUGGAUAUCUAAUAACCGACAAACCAAUGCCUCGUGGGGAGAUUGUAGUUGGUGGGCCAAGUAUCACGGCUGGCUACUUCAACAAUGAGGCAAAAACGGAAGAAGUAUAUAAGGUUGAUGAAAAUGGAAUUCGUUGGUUCUACACGGGUGACAUAGGACAGUUUCAUGGUGAUGGUUGCCUUGAAAUUAUUGACAGGAAGAAGGAUAUUGUUAAACUUCAACAUGGAGAAUAUGUCUCCCUCGGAAAGGUUGAGGCGACUCUACUUUUGAGCAACUAUGUAGACAAUGUGAUGGUAUAUGCAGAUCCCUUCCAAAGUUAUUGUGUAGCUCUAGUUGUCCCCAUUCAUCAUUCCCUUGAGAAGUGGGCGAAAGAAGCUGGAAUCGCGUACAAGGAUUUGGAAGAGUUGUGUGAGAAAACUGAAACUAUAAAUGAGGUCCAGAAAUCCCUUAUCAAGGUAGCAAAAGCUGGGAAGUUGGAGAAAUUUGAGAUUCCCUCGAAAAUAAAGUUGAUAGCGGAGCCUUGGACACCUGAAUCGGGGCUAGUAACAGCUGCUCUCAAACUAAAGAGAGAAAGUAUCAAGGCGAAAUACAAAGAGGAUCUUCAGAAGUUUUAUUGAUCAAAACCCUUUGUUGAAUGUGUUUAUUGGUUCUGUCUUUUUAUUUACUGUGAACUUCUUGUUGUACUAAUAUAUCUGUGAUGGUUGUUUUUUUUAACUUUGUUUAACAUCUUGUAUACUUUUUGUUAUAAUAAUAUUGUUGUUUUCUUUAUUAUAUCCAUUUAUACCUCUUAUCUUCA